AACAUAAUCAAUAACCAGACCAUAUCAGUUAAUUAUUUGAAUGGCGGACCCGCUUUAUUGCCUGCGGGGGGCCACAAUUGCGAUUGCUGUCUGGAAUAUUAUCUAUUGCUUUAUUCAAUUCGGAAUUCUUGGAUGGCAAUUUCAAGUUGUCAAGAAUAUCCUGGCAGAGUAUGAAAAUCGACAACUUCCGGCAACUGGAGCAAUUGAUGGAUUUCAAGCAAGAUUCCCUGGACUUUAUCAGAUUUAUACGGAGACCCCGGAAAGAAGACGAGCUAAUGCCAUGUACGUCAUCAUAAUCGUUUGCGUCAUUUUUGCCAUUCUAAAUCUACUCACGUCUGUCUUACUUUUGUAUGCAGCUUUUAAGUAUUUGAAAGUGUUAAUUUGGCCGUGGUUUGGAACUUCCGUACCGCUAUGCAUUAUGACAACAGCUUACUCGGUUUUGUGGUGGAGUGGGGAUGUAUUCAAUGAGCAACUCACUAUGUCAAUUUUUGAAUUCGUGAUGUCAGUUGCGAUAAAUGUUAUUACAAUCAUUGUUGUGAUAGUAUUCUUCUCUCGACUCUCCGGAUCCCUUAUCUCAACACGCCCGAAGCACAGCAGAAGGCGUCGUCGAAAUCAUGUAUCAAAAAUUUACCUGGAUCCUAAUGAUGCUCGACGCCAUCAGAAGCAUCAUCACAGAUCUCAUUCCUAUUCUCGACCUGUCGCUCCUCCACAACUUCAACUGGCACCUCCUGAGCCUGUCACUGCGGCUCCUUAUCUGGCUCUUGACUCGGCGGCCCUUUUCACCCCGAAACCGAAGGGUGACCUGUUGGUUCCGGAAAUAGUUCCGGAUUGGAGAAGAGAGUGGCCAGCGGUGCCUGAUGUGCAGUUACAGAGGCAUUUGAAUAAGCAGAGGAAGGAGGAUUUGAGGAGAAUGGGGUAUAAUGUUCCACCAGGGCCUGGAGCACCAGGCCCGAGUACAAAACUCGACUUCUACGCGCCCGAACCAGACCAGAUCGGUUUUCCGUGGAAGUACAAGACGAUGAACGAGACACUGCGGGCGAAGCGAGAGACGCCGGCCGAACGAAUCAAGAAGCUCUAUUACCAGCAUUGGCCAGAGGAUUUGCCGAAUAUGCCGAUGGAGAUGAGAAGGCGAAUGCAAGAAGAACGCGAACAUGUGGAGAUUGAGAGGAAUAAGAGCAAGCUGAAGGGUUUUGAGGAUGAUGUGUAGAGCUCCGCAGUUCAAAAAGCGUUGAAAAAGUCACAACUGGUGCAUAAUAUUGAUAGUUGUUUUUGUUUAAAUAAAACCCCAAAAAAAUAUCCAGAUUUUUUUUUGAAUUUUUCGGAAGGCUCUAGAAUACUUCAAAAUUUUGCCAAAUUUUUCAGAAGGUUCUAGAAAAUUCCAAAAUUAUUUUUGAUUUUCUGAGAAGGUUCUAGAACAUUCCAGAAAUUGUUAAAAAUUUCCAAAAGGUUCUAGAACAUUCCAGGAUUUUUUUAAAGAAUUUUUUUCAAAUUCCCUUGCCUUAAAAUCACAUCUAGCAUUCAAUGCCCUUUGCUUCCACAUAAAUUUCCCUUUCAAUAAUUUCCUUUCUCUUUUCCUGUACAUUUGAUGAUGAUUAUUAUUGUUCUCCUCCUCCCCAUAACUGUUCCUCAUUUUCUCUCCCUCUUCCUUCUCCGAUCUCUUGUGAUGCCAAAUGAAUAAAAAUUCUGUACGCGAA